ACAGCUACUCAAACUCAAGACGAAAUCGAUACGGUUCGCACCCAAAAACAGAGAAGAACAGCCAACAAGUAUUCCAAAAAUCAAAGAUCGUGUCUACCCGGAGAUAAUUUUGUGAAACCAAGAGGAAGAAAUUGAUAGAAAACAGGGGGGCACAACGAUGAAGGCGGAGGAAAACCCAGAAGAGGAAACCAGAAAAUGGAAAGCCAAAAGGUAAGUCAAACAGAUGAAUCGAAGGAGAGAAAGAAAGGAUGGAGGACGCGUGGGCUGGAUGGAACACUAUGUCAAUAUACGUUGCUAAUGUUGACAAGCCCGGCCCAGACGAGCUCCACAACCAAAAGGGCCUCUGAAAUAUCUUUCUUUCCCGGGUUUAUCUGAUCCAAAUGUUAGAAAUCCAAUUUCAUGGUAACCACUGCUUUUUCCAUGGCUAAUUGGCAGACCAACACCUCCUCUCUCUCUCUCUCUCUCUCUCUCUCUCUCUCUCUCUCCCCCCCUCUCCAAAACUCUGCAAUGUUAAUUGAAUAAUAAAACACAAGUGAAAACAACCAUGGCUACGUUUUCUUUGUCCCUAGUGUUUCACAACCCACUUGUUUCACCAUACCAUUCGAAAAUUGGAUCACUUUCUGGCACCCAAUCCAAUUGGUUUCAAUCUCCAAUCAGAACCAGAACCAGAACGAAACCCAAUUCUCGCUCAAUCAUCAAAGCUCAAUCCGGUGCUCGCAGUGAAAACAUUGUCAUCGUCGGCGCCGGAAUUGCUGGUCUUGCCACUGCACUCUCUCUUCACAGGCUUGGAGUUGGGUCGCUGGUGCUUGAACAAGCAGAGUCACUUCGAACUGGAGGAACAUCACUCACCCUUUUCAAAAAUGGGUGGCGAGUUUUGGAUGCAAUUGGAGUUGGAAACCAUCUCAGGACUCAGUUUCUUGAAAUUCAAGGGAUGGUGGUAAAGACCGACAAUGGAAGAGAGCUACGGUCUUUCAAGUUCAAAGAGGAAGAUGAAAGCCAAGAGGUGCGUGCUGUAGAGAGGAGAAUACUGCUGGAGACUCUUGCCAAUGAACUACCUCCGGGUGCGGUUCGUUUCUCUUCAAAGCUGGCAAAGAUUGAAAAAACUGAAAAUGGAGAAACGUUGUUGCAAUUGGUGGAUGGUACCCAGCUAUAUGCAAAGAUAGUAAUUGGAUGUGAUGGAAUUCGAUCUCCUAUAGCUACGUGGAUGGGGUUCCCCGAGCCUAAAUAUGUAGGGCAUUGUGCUUUUCGUGGUCUUGCAAGUUACCCCGACGGGCAGCCAUUUGAACCAAGGUUGAAUCAAAUCUAUGGAAAGGGACAGCGUGCCGGUUUUCUUCCUAUUUCUCCUACGAAAGUCUACUGGUUCGUCUGCUACAACAGAGCAUCUCUAGGUCCGAAGAUUACUGACGGGCCAUUUUUAAAGAAGCAAGUUACCGAACUAGUCGAAGACUGGCCUUCGGACCUAUUGAACAUCAUAGAUAAUACCCCGGAUGACACAAUCAUUGGAACACCACUCGUAGACCGGUGGCUAUGGCCCGGCAUCAGCCCUUCGGCUUCAGCAGGAAGAGUUGUGCUGGUAGGAGAUGCAUGGCAUCCAAUGACUCCGAAUCUUGGGCAAGGUGCUUGUUGUGCUUUGGAAGAUGCAGUAAUUCUGGCAAGAAAGCUUGCGGGUGCCAUCGAGUCAGGACCAGCAUCCGUAGAAGAUGCUCUCAGCUCGUAUGGAAGCGAGAGAUGGCCACGCAUCUUUCCGCUGACUGUACGUGCAAAUCUUGUAGGGUCACUCCUACAGUGGGAGGACCCUGUUGUGUGUUUUUUUCGGAACAAUGUCAUCUUUCCCAAGCUUGUUAGGUUAGGACCAUUGUUGGAGCACACAAAUUUCGACUGUGAGCCUCUACAAACUUCAGUUGUGUAACAUUGGCGGCAGUGUCAUCAUCCCCAGAACUAAUUAGGUUAAAAACAUUGUUGGAAGUUCAAAGUCUAUUAAAGACAAGGGAUGGGAAAUAUGCUUUGAAAUGAUCUUAAAGUACUAAUUGUACAUGACACUAUACUGUUUAUGAACGAGGUCUAUGUUA